GGCGGCUCAGUCGUGUGAUAAACGCGGUAGCACCUGGGUAGGUUAGCUGAUGCGUCUGCACAUCCGUCGACGCCGGUGAAUCGUGCACACCGCGGACAAUGUAUCCGUGGAGCCCGUGAAACGGAACCGCGACCAAAGCCUCUUCAAUUCAUGAUAGCCGACGUGUUGUGAAACCUGUGCGUCCGUCACUCGAUCGACUACCGCGUUUUUGUUUCGAAUUCUGAUCACCGUGAGAUCGAGCCGGUGAAACUUUGUGUCUGGAUUCGUCGACACGCUUGGUACACGGCUUGUUGGAACAGAGAAAUUCAUCGAAGAAAUUGUCCCGACGAGAUUGCCUUUUUCACUGUGUCAGAUAUCAGGAAGACAGAGUUGAUCGUAAGAGGAUGAGUCUUCGUUGGAUCCACGAAAAUUUAGAGGCACCGACAUGCGACGAGGAAUGCAGCGAUAUCGAUGACAGUUGCAGCGACGACAGCUACGACUCCGAUCUGUCGAUCGGCGAGGAGAAAGAGCUGGCAAACGAAAAGGAGAUGAACGGCGAUCGUCGGAAAAAACGUGAUACCAAGCGACAUUCGACCACCGCGGUGAAGUUCGACGAGAACGGAAGUUCGCAUUACAUCACGUCUGAAUUGGCUAAACGUCCACCUUGCGUAAUAUGGGACCCCAGGAAACCAGCGCAAAAUCCUGUGUACGGCAGCCUGGUAAUUAAAUUGUUUUGCCGAACUGGAUAUCAUCUUGGCGUUACGGAAUCUGGUCGAGUUGGAGGCUUGAGUGCCACAAACGAGCCACACGCCUUGCUUCAUAUCAUACCAGUCUCGUUUGGAGUGAUUCGAGUACAAAGCAUAAAGACCAGUCUGUAUUUGGCUUUCAAUAAGAAAGGACGCUUGUAUGGCGAGCCAAAUGCGAACAAAGACAGCACAGAAUGGGAACAGUGGAAUGUCGGUUCCUACGAUGCAUUUCGUUCACGGAAAUACGCUAAUUACGGAUGGUGGUUAGGAAUAAAGAAGAACGGACGAGCGAAACCGGGACCAAGAACAAGAUGGGGCCAAAAGUCGAUACAGUUUUUAGCAAUAAGACAGGAAUAACUUCGACGAAUCGUUAUUUUAUACAUCUUCAUAUUCGUCGUUCUAUUAGAUCGUAAAAAUGACACGAAACACUGAUAGUCCAGCGAACGACUUUAUACAAAUGAAAUGUUCGACAAUUUUCUAACGAAUUUAACGCAUAUUU